CCAUACUCUAACAAUAACAUUAGCUAAAUCUUUUGAAAUAAAUAAAGUGAGUGCAAGUCAUAACUAUGAUAUGAAGUACUCUAUUUCAUUGAAAAACAAUUUAGGGUGUCAGCUAUACCGCUCAUGAAGGGAACCCCAAAUCAAGCGUUUUACCUCGAGAUCCGAAUAAUCCAGCUUUCACUAUCGUUGUAUUUGGUCACCCUUAAUUCACUACUCUGGUGGGCGCAGCCACAAUGAUUCAACGGAAGGAAGAAACAAAUUUUGGCCAAAUAACUACGUGAAACAGGCAAUUACAGGCGCAGUAGACCACUGUUGGUGAUGGUUUCGGAAAUACACUUCAAACCAUUUCAUUUGUGGUAAAUGACUAUUUGGUCGUUGUUGCUUAAUCAACGUGAAAUCGCCAAUCUGAAGUGGAAAAUUCACCAUCGGGGUAACUACCUGAAACAGGCGAUUUCAGGUGAGGCAAAGACCGCUGGUUCGUUUUCGCAACCCUGGCCAAUCCCGGUUCCAUGGAGAAGCUGCCUGGUCAUUUACGUCACUACGUGAAACCACCAGUCUGUGGCAAAACCCGCUGGUUCGUUCCCGUAACCACGUGAAACCACCAAUCUGAGGAGGUCAACCCUUAUUCAUGGAGCCUUUCGUUUACGUAACUACAUGAAACAGCGGUCUCAGGCG